CUUCCGUCGCCUUCGUUCCCCCUCGUCUCCCUGUCCGCUCUCCCUCCACCCCGCUCUCCGCUCCCUCCAAAACCCCAGCAGAAUGGAGGCAAAGGCGCUCCCCCUCUCGCACUUCCGCGCGCGGGCGGGCUCGCCGCUCCUCCUCUCCGCAGACGCCAGCUCCGCCGCGCGCAAGGGCUCCGGCGCGCCAGGCAGGAGCAGGGCCUCGAGGUAUGACGCGGGAGCGCCUCCGAGCAGGGCAGGGAUGAAUGGAGUUCCAAAGCUUAAUCCCAAAUUCUCCACCAGAAGAGCAGGGACAAGUAAGGUUCCAAUUAUUAAUUUCGAGGUUUCUCAUCACAGAGCAGUUGCAGCGGUGAGGUUGCUAAGAGCUGAUAAGGGGAAGGCGUUUGUUGAUCUUUUAAAUGAGAAAGCAAACGAUUCUGGGGAAAAUGAGAUGGGCUAUGUAGAAAGGACGUUAGGAUUCAGCACACGACAUUUGGAUGACAGGGAUAUAAGAUUGGUUACUGUCAUAGUAGCUGGAACUGUACGUUGGAAACGCUACAUUGAUUAUCUUAUCAUGUCACUCUGUAGUGAAGAGAAGGUGUUCAGCAACAUGGAACCGCUGCUGCUGCAGAUAUUGCGAAUUGGCUUCUUUGAAAUUCUCAAACUUAAUGUACCAGCUUAUGCUGUCGUUGAUGAGAAUGUAAGGCUCGCGAAAGUAGCUUUAAGGCCCGGUGCUGGGAACAUGGUGAAUGCGAUUCUGCGUAAACUUCUGUUACUGAAGGAGACAGAUUCUCUUCCUCUUCCAAAGAUAGAAGGUGAUGAUCGUGCCCAAGCUCGUGCUCUUUCCAUAAUUUAUUCUCAUCCUGUUUGGAUGGUGAGAAGGUGGAUUCGAUUUCUUGGAAAAGAAGAAGCUCUAAAAUUGAUGAAUUGGAAUAACAGUGACCCUUAUUUCAGUUUAAGGGUGAACACAACAAAUGGUUAUACAAGGGAUGAUCUUGUUAACCGAUUGGAAGAUUUGCAGGUUCACUAUGAAAAGUCAAUUAUGGACGAAUUUGUCCGCAUUCGUGAGGGCAUGCAGGCAGUCUUACAAGCUGGAUUACUGAAAGAAGGCAUGUGUGCCGUGCAGGAUGAGAGUGCAGGUUUUGUUGUGUCUGUGGUUGAUCCACAACCUGGGGAAACAAUCAUGGAUUGUUGUGCUGCACCUGGCGGGAAGACUUUAUUCAUGGCAUCCCGGCUGGCAGGACAAGGGAAGGUAUCAGCUCUUGACAUAAAUAAAGGCCGCUUGCGAAUUCUCAUGGAGGCAGCAAAGUGCCACAAUCUUGAUGAUAUAAUCACUGAUAUCCAUGGUGAUCUUCGACUAUAUGCUAAGGAAAGCACUGCCAAAUAUGACAAGGUAUUGUUGGAUGCUCCAUGCUCUGGGCUGGGAGUCCUUUCCAAGAGGGCAGACUUGCGUUGGAAUCGACAAUUUGAAGAUCUGGAGGAGUUGGUGUUUUUGCAAGAUGAGCUCCUUGAUUCGGCCUCAUCAUUGGUAAAACCUGGUGGUAUACUAAUAUACAGUACAUGUUCCAUUGACCAUGAAGAAAAUGAGAACCGGGUUACUGCUUUUGUUCAGAGGCAUCCGGAGUUUACCCCACAGGGUGUACAAGGAUUUGUUCCUGCAGAAUUCAUCACAGAUGAUGGUUUCUAUUCCUCAAGUCCAACUAAGCACUCUCUGGAUGGGGCAUUUGCUGCUCGUCUUGUCCGGUCAAUGCACUAGGACUCCCUACAAUUAGUUUCUUAGAAGAAGGUAGUCUUCUGCGCUCUGUGGUCCAUCUUGCUUCUUGGACUGCAUGCAGUAAGUUGUAUAAUAGACAGCAAUGCUGAGGUCAUCCUUAUAGGCACGCUCCAUCAUUUUGAUGUUGAGUGACACAAUAAUGUGUGUUGUGAGCUAGAUGUACCUGGAGUUGUACCUGCUGGAUACCUAAGCAUGUGUAUUAGGUAGGCCCUAGUGAAAUUAUCUGAUAAAGUAUGUUUGUUAUGUAUUAUUAUGUCUUGCACAGUACCAAGUGAUAGUCUCAAGGUAGAUGAUCAUACAUAAAAGUACGUCUAGAAAUUUAUCAGAUGAAGUGUACUUCAAGAGAACCAUAAUUCUAUAAAUAUAACUUUGUUGGA